AUGGGGAAAGAACACUGCAAGGCUAUCACUCUUAGGAGUGGUAAACAAACUGGCGAGCCCACUACAGACUCUACUGUAGCACCUCAAGAUACUAGUGAAGUGAUCCCUAGUGAGAAGGUUGAAUUUGAAGAGCUUGUCGAAGUGUCGGCGCAAUCAGAUGUACCUCCACCUUUACCUUUUCCACAAAGAUUCAGGGAGAAUGAGCAGGAUAAACAGUACCAACAGUUCCUGAACAAACUAAAGCAACUUCAGGUCAAUAUUAUUUUAGUAGACGCUCUUGUAAAAAUCUUGAAUUAUGAGAAAUUUAUGAAGGAGCUCUUGUCCAAGAAGAAGAAACUCAGUGAUAUAGAAACUAUUUUACUCACAAAGGGUUGUAGUGUUGUUUUGACAAAUAAGUUGCCCCCCAAAAUGAAAGAUCCUGGGAGCUUUACUAUCCCAUGUUCAAUUGAAAACCAUUAUUUGGGAAAGACUUUAUGUGACUUGGGAGCUAGUAUCAACCUAAUGCCACUAUCCACUUUCCCUAAUGACAUUGCAACUAGCAGAUCGAUCCUUGGCUCAACUUGA